AUGGAAAAAUCUCGCGCAGCUCAACUAGGACGCGGCGAGUCCGAGGACAGCCCGGUGGAGUUUGUUGUGGUCGACUCGGACGUGUCGGUAUCGGACGCGGGUCUCGCCAGCCCGGAGAAGAAGCCGAAAAAGAAGCGUGGGCUGUCGUUCAAGAAACUCCGCAGCAAUGCGCAAAAGCUGAUCCCGCGCCGCGGUAAGAAGGAUGCAUCGUCCUCGCAGGCCAGCUCCGAGACUACCUCGACGAUGGGGGAUUCGGGCGUGGUCGUGGAUGAGAUUUCAGCCAGCCCUUCACCUCCACCAACGCCAGUCGCAUCGCCAACGCCUACCACGGAGUCGUUUGACAUGACCCUUAAGUCGACCGAAAGUCUUCCGGCGAUCAAGGAGGAUCCGAUCCGUGAAGCGGCCCUGACGGCGGGCACACGCUCGGACGAAGACGCGCUUGGAGAGGGCAAGGACAAGCAGCAACGCCAGAAGAAGGCACGUAAACCGAGCCGAGCGGCCAGUUUUAUGAAGAAGCUGGCCGGUCGCUCGAAGUCGUCCAAGGUCGCCCCGAAUCCGGCGGCCACUGCGGCUGGUGACGGGGAUGAGGUUUCCUCCGGCACGCUCGAAACACCGCUCAGCAUAAAACGACAAACACCCGAAGGGGCCAUGCUGAGUGCUUCCGAGACGGAACUGUACCCGGGUGAGGGAGGCGGCGUGGACGGCACGUCGGUUGACCCUCCGUCACCGGUGAUGGUACGCCAGCUAGAGUCCGAACCGAGGCCGCUGAGGGCCAAACGAACCGACCUGAAAAUCACGCUCACACGGAAUACCCAGGAGACGACGUUCGAUGUGGACGAGGACGAGGGCAGUGAGAACGACUUCAGCAAUGGUAAGGCUUCUUCCGGUUUUUAUGUCGUUCGUUCGGCGCAACUGGCAACAUCGACGACGACAACGACGAUCGGCGCCGCACUGUUGUCGCCGAGGGAAGGAAUCGAACCGAAUCGGCCACAGUCGAUCGGAGACGACGUUCGCACACAGCAGCAGCCACUGUCCACCGUCGAUGCGCGCCUGUCCAGUCUGCUGAGCGGGGACUACAUCGCGGAGAUUAACAAGUUUUCCAUCGAGAACAUUUCGAACGGUGGAACAGCAGGAGCCUUAUCGGCACCGCAGCCACCGCAGCCAACGCCCCGCGGAUCGCUGUCGAUUCGGGAAAAGUUCUUCCAGCCGCCGGCACCCCUGACCCUCCCUGAUUCGCCACCAUCAUCGCCAUCAUCGCCACCGUCGUCGGUUGCGGUCGACGAGGCAAUAGACAGUUUUAUGAGGAAGGCGAAGGGAGCGAACGCGGCACGGUCGAAAGCGGGCAACAAGAGUCCGACAGUGGUGACACCGCCGCCCCCCGUCACCGAAGGUGAGGAUCCCCCCGGAACGCUUCCGAAGGCAGCUUCGACGGUCCGCACGCAGGAAGCGGCCAAGCCGUACCAGCUCGGCAAUAGCCUCAAGAAUCCGAACAAUUCUGGCUUUAAAUCGAUCGAGCCACAGCCACAACCGAAAGUGGAAGUGAACGUCAGUGAGGAACCAGAACCACGGCCGAACACGGACAAGGAGGAGGCAGCGAAACAGAGCAAGAACGACCAAGAGGAAAAUCCAGUGACGACGACGGAACCGGAAUCGGCGACGAUUGUGUUCGAUAUCGGAACCCAGGUACGCCCCGACAGGACCUCCACUAUUCUUAAGCCCGGUACGAGCUCAACCACGCUCGCCGUUCCUUCAAUUUCGGGCACGUACGCUUCACUCGGAAGCGGCACGCGAUCGCUAGACGAGCUCGCCGGUGGUGGUGGUGGUGGUGGUGGAACCGGUAGUGCGUCUUUCGACGACGAUAACAGUCAGGCCAACAACACGACCAGCGAGGGCUCGCUGCGACGCAUAGCGUACGUCGAACAGACGACGUUCUACACGCCGGAAGAGGAAGAGCUGCUCACCGGCAAACCUCUCCGGUCGUCCUCGUCGCUGCUAUCGAGCGCGCUCCUCGAGUCCGGCGACUACUCGGAACUCGAGUCGGAGGACUAUCUCGAGGGCAGCAAAAUGUCCCCGCACGGUGACCUGCUACUCGAGAGGUCAGGGGCCGUCGACCCAUCGGCAAACAUGGCAACGGGACAGACCGAGAAGCGUGAACAUCUUUACAAAAUCCUCGUCAUCGGAGAGCUUGGUACCGGCAAGACGUCAUUCAUCAAACGCUAUGUGCAUCAGUUCUUUAGCCAAAACUAUCGUGCCACGAUCGGGGUAGACUUUGCGCUGAAAGUGCUCAACUGGGAUCAGAACACGAUCAUUCGGCUGCAGCUGUGGGACAUAGCUGGUCAGGAACGAUUCGGUAACAUGACUCGGGUGUACUAUAAGGAAGCGGUCGGUGCGUUUAUCGUGUUCGACGUAACGCGCAGUGCCACAUUCGAUGCCGUGAUCAAGUGGAAACAGGAUCUAGACUCAAAAGUGCAACUUCCUGAUGGGAAACCGAUUCCGUGCAUCCUCUUAGCGAACAAGAGCGAUCAACAAAAACAAGGAAUCGUGACAACGCCCGCCAAACUGGACGAGUACGUGAAGGAACACGGUUUUGCCGGCUGGUUCGAAACCUCCGCUAAAGAGAACGUCAACAUCGAAGAAGCUGCCAAAGCGUUAGUUAAUAAGAUCCUGAUGAAUGACAAACUGUUAAACACCGGUGAGGUCAUCGAUUCGGAGCGGUUCGCGCUGGCCGGAGGAAAGGCGGAUAUGACCCAGAAGAAAUCCUGCGCCUGCUGACCACUCUCCCGUUCGCGCAGCACAAUCCAAUGCACCAUCCGGCUCGCCCUCGUACAUGUGUAUAUGCGUUUCUGUUUCAUGUGUUUCUGUGUGCGUGUUUGUGUACGUUAGUUUGACCUGUGUGGAUGAGUCAUCGCUUGCGAUGGCUUACGUUUCUUUGUUUUACUUUUAAUUGUUUUACUAUUUUUAUACCACCCCCUCUUUCCCUCAGAUCGGUACUCUGUUUUUGUUUUUCUGUUUCUCUUUUAAUCACAAGUAA